GGACACAGAGGCCGCCCCGGAGCCCUCGGAGAGCCCGGCAAGCAGGGAGAGCCGGGCCCCAAGGGAGACGUCGGUGCCUCUGGAGAACAAGGAGUCCCAGGCCCUCCGGGACCUCAGGGCCUCAGGGGUUAUCCUGGCACGGCAGGACCCAAGGGUGAGACGGGUCCCGCUGGCUACAAGGGCAUGGUCGGCAGCAUCGGAGCAGCCGGGCGGCCGGGCAGGGAAGGCCCCAAGGGACCACCUGGGGACCCUGGUGACAAGGGAGAGCUGGGUGGCCGUGGCAUCAGGGGACCCCAGGGUGACAUCGGCCCCAAGGGGGAGAACGGUCUCCCGGGCAUCGAUGGCAAGGAUGGCACCCCGGGGAUCCCGGGACUGAAGGGUGGCAUGGGACAGGCCGGACACCCGGGAACGCCGGGACACCGGGGACAAGCUGGAUUGCCGGGCCAGCCGGGAAGCAAAGGUGGCCCAGGUGACAAGGGUGAAGCGGGUCCUCGGGGCCACCCCGGUGUCACCGGUGCCCCAGGGCAGCUUGGCGAGCCCGGACCUCGGGGCGAGCAGGGCCCGCAGGGUGUCCCCGGGCUGAAGGGUGACAGGGGCGAGCGUGGCCUCGUGGGGACCCCCGGCGAGCAGGGCAGAGCGGGCCCAAAGGGAGAGCAGGGCCCACCAGGCAUCCCAGGAGCCCAAGGCUUGCCUGGAGUCAAAGGAGACAAGGGCUCUCCAGGGAAAACUGGCCCCAAAGGCAGCAUUGGAGAUCCCGGUGUCCACGGCCUGGCAGGGCUCAAGGGAGAGAAGGGGGAAUCAGGAGAGCCGGGACCCAAGGGACAGCAAGGCAUCCAGGGAGACCUCGGCUUUCCCGGCCCCUCGGGGGAUGCAGGAGCACCGGGAAUUCGGGGCUAUCCCGGCCCGCCCGGCCCUCGGGGGCUGCUGGGGGAGCGCGGAGUGCCGGGAAUGCCGGGCCCGAGGGGCACAGCCGGCCGGGACGCUGGGGACCAGCACAUCGUGGACGUGGUGCUGAAGAUGCUGCAAGAGCAGCUGGCAGAGGUGGCCGUGAGCGCCAGGAGAGCCGCCCUGGGCGGGGUCGGGGCCGUGGGACCCCCCGGGCCCCCCGGGCCCCCCGGCCCCCCCGGUGAGCAGGGUCCCCACGGCCCCAUGGGACCCCGAGGCGUCCCCGGAAUCCUGGGAGCUGCCGGGCAGAUCGGGAAUGUCGGACCCAAAGGGAAGAGAGGAGAGAAGGGCGAGCGGGGAGAAGUUGGCCGUGGCCACCCGGGAAUGCCGGGUCCUCCAGGGAUCCCAGGCCUCCCGGGCGUUCCCGGCCACGCUCUGGAUGGCAAAGCGGGCGAGCGGGGCGUGCCGGGCGCCCCGGGCGAGGCCGGGAAGCCGGGAUUGCCGGGCCCCGCGGGAUUCCCGGGAUUCUGCGAGCCGGCCGCGUGCCUGGGAGCCUCGGCCUACGCGGCCGCGCGCCUCACGGAGCCGGGGGGCGUCAAGGGCCCCGUGUACUGAGAAUUCCCGAUGGGAAAAAAAAAAAUAAUCCGCCCCCAAAGUGACCGCGACACCGCAAUUCCGUGGGGAGCAGCUCCAGCGCUUUCCCAGUUCUUCGGAAUGCCGGGAUGAGGGCGGCAGCGGGGAGAACGCGGCCGUGGGAAGGCGAUUUUGGGGUGGGGAUGCGCCAAAUGUUCCCGAUGUCUUUUGGGAAUAAAGGGCGUCCUCGAAUCCCAUUUCUAUCCAUGGGGUUCCAAACCUGCUCCCUGCGCCCUUCCCCAACUCCCCCCCCCCCGCCAAAAAAAAUUGGAAUAAAUUUUUAUAAAUCCCUCUCCUUAAAUUUUUAUAAACCGUGAUGUUUGAAGGAGCUCGUGGAAAUUCCCUUUUUAUCCUUCCCAUUUUUUUUUUUUUUAAAGCCUUCUCUUUUUUAAACUGGAAUUUUUCAAGCCCCUUCCCACCGCCAAAAUCCCGGUUUGAAUUAUUUAAGAGAAUUCCCAGCUCCGACUCGGUCACUCCCAGAGCUGUAAAUCUUUGUACAAUUGGGAUAAAAAACCAGGAAUGUUUUGUAACUGUGACCAGGAAAACGCCGACUUUUGGAAAAGCUGGACAAUAAAACCAAGCCGGAUUGUUAAUA